AUGGCGCAGAUGUACGCGCUGGGUUCUAAUGGCUGCGGCCAGCUAGGUAUUGGCCAUACUGAAGAUGUGGCAAUUCCAAGAUUGUGUAUCUUCGCCCCUCCGGAGAAAAGACACGAUGAACGGCAUGCCACAGGUGGAAGCGGCUGCCCCCACAUCCGCAAAAUCAGUGCAGGUGGUAAUCACACGUUGGCUUUAUCAACGGAUGGAAAUUUGUAUGCCGCGGGAAGAAAUGAUGAUGGAAGAUGCGGACUGCCACUUCAGCCUGGUAAGGAGGAGGAUUUGAGGGUAAUAUUUGAGGAGGUCCACAUAGGCAAGAUAUCAGGGAUGAUGACUGGGAAAGGUCUACCAGAACCUAACAACCGAGUUUCCGAUAUUGCAGCAACCUGGGAGGCGAGUUUUGUUGUGCUCGACAGCAAAUAUGUGGUUGCUUGCGGAUCGGGCGGUAAGGGUGAGCUGGGACUCGGCAGAAAUAUCACGUCCAUGGCUACCUGGACAAAAGUCUUGGACUUGUCAUCGACCGAAGAGCAUAUCCUGAAGAUUGCUGCCAGCAUGUCACAUGUUGUGGUGUUACUAUCGGGCGGUCAGGUACUUGGAUGGGGCAGUUGUCGUAAAGGUCAACUAGGUGCAUCUGCUAAGGAAGAAAAAACGUCGUGGUUCCCAACAAGAGUUGAGACUGAGCCGGCCUUCAAAGCGACGGAUGUGCUGGUAGGCAGAGAUUUUACUCUGUUACUCGCCGCCAGAAGAAAGCCAGAACUUCUAGGCGAAUCGAAGUUUCUCAGCGGAGAGGAUCUUGAAGUAUUUGGUAAGGAUGAUGUGGCUGUUUGUGGGUGGAAUACCAUUCACGUGCUCUCCAAACCACCAGGCAGCUCCACGAAAACGACGAGAAGUCUGGGGAAGAAUGACAGAGGACAAUUCGCACCCAAGACCUUGCCUGAUAUUCGAGAAAUUGCAGCCGGGAGUGAGCACUGCGUCGCCGUGACGAUGGACAACAGGGCCAUUUCGUGGGGAUGGGGCGAACACGGUAACUGUGGCGACAAGGUCGAUUCAAAGGGCAAUGUCAUCGACCGUUAUAACGUCAUUGAGACACCGCAGCCUCACAUAUCCUUCAAGGUCAGUGCUGUGGCAGCGGGCUGUGCGACCAGCUUCAUCAUCUUGAAGGAGUUCGACGAAGAAUCGAAAGCACCAUGACUGUGGUUUCUUCGAUGAGGGACAGUUGAUAUCACCACUCAAUCAAAUAUGCCACGGACUUGCGACAGGCGCUGUGUUGGGGCAAUCUCGUGAGGAAAGGACCGCGAAGCCCUGACUUGUUGUUCCUGUAUCGAUGCGAAUGAAUGCAACUCUGAGUCUCGAAUUCUUCGGAUAGAGCUGGAAGUUCCUGUAUCCUGAGCGGUAUUAUCCCAUGUGACGAUGUCAGGCUCGUCUUCAAAAUUCGGUGCAUCCCAUUGCUGGUCGUCGUCAUCGGCUGG